AUGCCCCACCAGGUACAGGCACGGGGGAAGGGAAAUGUCUCCUCUCGUCUUGCAGAUGCGAAUGCAGGAUUGAGUUUCCGCAGAAAUUGGCGGGUCGACUGUCUUUCGGGGUCUCUGUUACUCGUUCCCCGCUGCAGGCUCAUCCCUGCCGCGGAAAUCAAAUACUUGGAACAAGCUCCGCUGCCACUGCAAGGUUGGUGCGGCGGACGGGCGGGGCGGAAGGCCGGUCCGGUCUGUAUGUCCUCGGUUGUUUGGGGUAGAAAGGUCGUGCUGCGCUGA